GAAAAAGUUGAGCUUAAACUGGCUGACUUUUUAGGCCGAGCCUGUCAAGGGCCGGCUCUGUAUGGCCGUGUCAGCCCGGCUCUACCCCCGGUCGACUGUCGUAGGCUCGUGUCGUCUUAUUUCUGUCAUCGAUAACGCAGAUUAGCUGAGUCACCGCAACGCCGCACCACAUCAACCGUCGCCAGAACAGAUAGCGACGAAGCCGUCACUUCAAACGCUUCGGUAUCACUGCCUCUCACGUUUAAUCGUUUUCGUGUGCCGAGAGGGCGCUUUGCUUAUCAUAUGUAUCUUCGAUCACCAAAUGAUGAAUACUAACAUUCUGCCAUUUUUGUUUCUUUACCGGCCGUCGUCGUUGGGUCGCUACGUUUUCCGCCAAAUUUCUUUCCAUUUUAGGCAUUUGGAAAUUAUGAGCAAAAGCUGGGACAGAACCGAACCUGUUAGUGAGGACUCUGAUAGUUUUGCAUGCCAUGGGCCGCAAUUUUCUGGUGAUACUGGAGGCGGUACAAGUGUCCAAGGACCUCAAAAGAAACAAUGUCAGAGAGAAUAUAUAAUGAUGGUUGGCACCAUGCCAGUACCAUUCCCAAGCAAUACAUGUUCUGAAUCUGGGUUUAUGUCAAACUCUGUUCAUUCUGCACAAACAAACAUGCGCUCAAUGCAAACGAAUGUGGAUGAAAACAUGAAGCCUUGUUUUAGUCCAAGUUCUGUAAGUCAUAGUUUGAACCCUGCCAAGGGAUUUCCAGCAUCAAACAUUAUAAGAUAUCAAGACAAAUCACGUUUUCCUAAUCAGAACAGUGUUGUUGGUAAUGUUAAGAGGCCUCACUCUGCUCACAGGAAGUCGAACAAUGGCCUAGCUGUUUACAAGGUUGAUCGCCCAGAUAUUAAACCAUUUGAUAUCUGUCGUUGUAGAAGACAUAUUUCUGCAAACACAGAAAGCUGCACUAAGAUGCAGGAGGGAGUAACAGAAAAGAUGAUACUGAGGCCCGGGAUGGUUCUCUUGAAACAUUACUUAUCCCACAACAAUCAGGUGGAAUUAGUUAGGAUUUGUCGUGAACUUGGUCUGGGACCAGGGGGAUUCUACCGGCCAGGUUACAAAGACGGAGCAAAACUCCGAUUGCAGAUGAUGUGUCUUGGUCUGGACUGGGAUCCUCAAACUAGAAAAUAUGGAAAUAUACGAUCAAUGGACCAUUGUGAACCCCCAAAUAUUCCUUCUGAAUUCAGGGACUUGGCCGGUCUGGCUGUUGAAGAAGCACAGAAUCUAAGUAAGAAGAUGUUCAAAGUAAACAAUGUGGAAGAUGUAUUACCUUCAAUGUCUCCAGACAUAUGCAUAGUCAAUUUUUAUACUGCCUAUGGAAGGCUUGGCCUUCAUCAGGACCGUGACGAAAGCAGAGAAUCUCUGCAUGGAGGAUUGCCUGUGGUGUCCUUUUCUGUUGGAGAUUCAGCAGAAUUUCUGUACGGGGAUGAGAGGGAUGUGAAGAAAGCUGAGAAGGUUGUUUUAGAUUCAGGAGACGUAUUGAUAUUUGGUGGUGAAUCUCGACUUGUUUAUCAUGGUGUGUCGUAUAUCAUUCCAAAUUCCGCUCCAAGAAAAUUGUUGGAAGCUACUGGGCUUCGUCCUGGUCGCCUGAAUCUUACAUUCAGACAAUAUUAAAGCCACAAUAUUACAUUACAGCUGUACAUAGAAACUGUUUAUAGCUGUUUAAUGUUUUAUUUACUUAACCCUGUAGUCUCUAGGAGAUUUCUGGUCGAGUACGUAUAGUUUGAAGCUGUUAUUAUCGGCUUUAUCAUUUUUGUGUCGAUCAAUAUAGAAUGUCUACUAAUUGUAGUACAGUUGAAUUUUGGUUGCUAUAGAUUUUAUGUUGAAUUGGUGCUGAUUUA